CAAAGGAGGAAGGAACAAACAACAAAUUAAUCACACAGGAAGCGAAUAACCACAGAAGAACGUCUGCCUCUGACUCAGUAUGUCACAUUUAAUAAGAGGCCAGAGCGUGUCCAAAAUGACUGUCCAAAAGCGACCCCGCAUUUGCCUUAGAAGAUGAUGCCUUUUUCAGGGACCGUUCUCUCUCGGGGUUCAUCUCUCCCUUGCUCUCUGUCUGCCUGUGUCCCUGAUCAUGCCUUCCUACAGUAUCCAUUAACGACUUAUCAGCAAGACUGUUGAAAGCUUAACUGUCCAAGAUGCCCGUCCCUCCCCCUCCAGCGCCCCCGCCGCCGCCCACGUUUGCUGUGGCCAAUACAGAAAAGCCUGCCUUGAAUAGGUCAGAGCUGGCUGGGAGAAAUGCUCUGCUCUCCGACAUCAACAAAGGGAAGAAACUAAAGAAGACCGUCACCAAUGACAGAAGUGCCCCGAUACUGGACAAACCUAAAGGAGCCGGAGCUGGUGGCGGCGGUGGCUUUGGUGGAGGCGGCGGAUUUGGCGGAGGAGGUGGCAGCGGAGGUGGCGGCAGCGGUGGCGGAAGCUUUGGAGGGGGUGGACCGCCCGGUUUGGGGGGACUGUUCCAGGCCGGAAUGCCCAAGCUGAGAUCCACGGCCAACAGGGACAAUGAUUCCGGAGGAAGCCGCCCCCCGAUUUUGCCACCAGGAGCAAGAGCCACGUCUGCCAAGCCGUUCUCACCCCCCAGCGGCCCGGGGCGGUUCCCGGUGCCGUCCCCAGGCCACAGGAGCGGGGCCCCGGAGCCCCAGAGGAACCGCAUGCCUCCGCCGCGGCCCGACGGGGGCUCCAAGCCCGAGAGCGGGGCCUCUCCGGUGCCUAACACGCCCAGACCCAUUCAGUCCAGUCUGCACAACCGCGGGCCCCCCCGGAGCCCGGCCCCGGGCCACGCCAGACCCCCGCCCCCAGUGAGGGACCCGCCGGGCCGAUCAGGCCCUCUCCCACCUCCUCCUCCAAUAAACAGAAAUGGCAGCACAUCUCGGGCCCUGCCUGCCACCCCGCAGUUGCCGUCCAGAGGAGUAGACAGUCCCAGGAGUGGGCCCCGGCCCCCCCCUCCUCCAGACAGGCCUGGUGCUGGGGUUCCUCCCCCACCUCCACCAUCAACAUCAAUUAGAAACGGCUUCCAAGACUCUUCAUGUGAAGAUGAGUGGGAAAGCAGAUUCAACUUCCAUCCGAUUUCUGACUUGCCACCUCCAGAGCCAUAUGUGCCAACAACCAAAAGUUAUCCCAGUAAAUUGGCAAGAAGUGAAAGCCGGAGUGGAUCCAACCGAAGAGAAAGGGGUGCCCCACCCCUUCCUCCCAUCCCAAGGUGAUCCUAGCCUGCUCUUCUCCACCCGAGUCCAAGAGCUACUUCUGUUGUUGCUAUCAAGAGUUGCACACCCUCCUCCCCUUGUCUUCCUUGUCCCUUUCAUACUGGGAGUAGGGAAGAAGGGAGGGUGAUGUGGGGAUAUGUGUGUGGGGGGUGGGAAUCCAAUGAAUGCACCUAGAUUUUUAUUCUGUGUAUAUCCUCAAAGCUAUUGCUUGCUUCAGCUACAGCCCACCAGUGCUGACUGCUUGGGUUCAACUAGCUUUUAUGGCAAGUAGGCAGAGAUGAACUGUGUCCCAGCUUUCAACCAACCAGAUUCAAACAUUCACUGCAUGUUUGCUACAGAUAACGUUAAAGUCCCUGAGAGCUGCUUGCUUCCAUGCCAUUUUUGCGUGCUUGGCCUCCUGUCUGUUUCCAUGAACCACAGACCACCUACACAAGUUGCUGAGCAAGGGUGCACAUGACAUUUUUGCAGUUAUAGAUUAUGAUCUUUGGCAGCCUGAGGUAGGCUCUAGGACAGACUGUCCAAUAGAAAUAUAGUGUGAGCCACAUAUACAAUUUAAAUAUUUCCAGUAGCCACAAUAAAAAAAGGAAAAGAAAUAGGUGAAAUUAAUUUUAAUAUAUUUUUAUCCAAAAUAUCAUUUUUACCUGCAAUUAAAAUAACAAUUAUUAAUGAGAUAUUUUACAUUAUUUUUUUGUACUAAUGCUUCAAAAUCUGGUUUUGUGUUUUACACUUAAAGCACAUCCCUAUCUGGACUAGUCACAGUUCAAGGACUCUGACCACAUAUGGCAGUGGCUACCAUAUUGGACAAUGCAGGUCUAAAAGACAGAGGCUAGCACAAAUACCUCCUGUUUAAAAAAAAAAUGCACAAUGAUGUUUAGCAAUUCAAGAGGUCACUAAAAAUAAGGUUAGGACCCAACACCUUGCCUGGCAGACAGCUUGACCUUAGAUUGUGCUCCCUUAUUUUCCUUCUUCCCUUAGUAUCUGUGUACAAGUGUUGCUUCACAGUCCCAAGGUCAGAAAUUACUCUAAUAGGGUUUACAGUUACGUGGAAUAAAGCCAUUGCAAGGAAACUGAAAUCCUGUUGGGCUUCUGGGCUCAGAACCAGCUGGCUGGAGAUCACCUGUCAGCUGGACUUCUGCCUUGCCCAUUGGAAGAGGCCGCCCAGCUUGCUCCUCAGGCCGGGAGGUUUGUAGGCUUAGUAGUGGGGGCGGGGAGGGGGUAGUCAGGGAAAGGUAGCAAAUCAGAAACUCAGAAGAAGGGAUCAGAUUUGGGUGGAUGAGCAAACUCUAAAAAUCUAAAUCUGAUGCUUAUGGGGUUGAGAGAAAGAGAUUGCUACUGGAAAUGAGAGGGAAUUUGCUUUGAAACUAUCCAAAUGCAGCUAUGCAAAUACAGCUCCCGAAGGGACCUUAGGGAAGAGCCAGCCUUGCCUUUUUUUGUAUGAUUUUGUUUACAGACUUUACUGGGAUUUUUAAUCUAGCUACAGAGUUAGGGAAAAAAUGUCCAUUUAGUUAUUUUAUAACAGUUGAUUAUGUUUGAAAUUACCAUUACUUGUUUUUCAAAAGCACAUGGUCACAAAUGUAUAUGUAUAUCUACCUAAAGUUUGUAUCAUGGUUUCAGUGUAUUGUUCAUCUGUGACUGAGAGAUGCUAACAAGAAAUCAAUCCAAAGAAAAUUUUGAAAGAAGCAUUCCUAUUUAUAGAAGAAAUAACUGUUUCAUUUAUAUAAAAGCAAAAGAACUUAGAGUUCUAUUAAAUGGGAUGUCUAAGUAAUUAUGAUGUUGCCCAUUUGAAUAUACUGUAUUUUUAUAACUUUUCUUGCCAAAGUCCUGGGCUUAGUACAUUAGAGAACUUGGGUCCCUCCCUCCUCUACCUUUCAUUUGUCUUUCAGGCACUUGGGGUCCUUUACCCAAAGAAUCAAGAAAUAUAAAGGUAUAACAAGCUUGGCAAAGUAUUUCCUCCCCCCAAAAAUGGUAUUGCUCAUAUUUUGGUAAUAUAGCAGCAUCGUUUUAUUUGGGAUUCUUUGAUCAGGUAUCAUUCUUGAAUCUAUAGUUGAUUAAAACUCCUAUGAGAAAGCCUAAUGACCCACUUCAGAAAAGAGGCCUUGCUAGCAAAUAUGGCAGAGGAAAGUGUGACCCAAAGAAAGGGGGUCUAGAUUUUGUACAGGGAAGUACGAAUAGCCAAUUUCCUUGUAUAUCUCAACUUUGCAGGUACCAUCCUAAAGUCUGAAACAGGGUCACAACUCAAAGUUACUAUUCACCCAGGAGGGAGAUGUUUUAGAAUGUGUUUUUUUAAGUGAAUGUUUCAUGAAUACACUUACAUUCUUGCUUUGAAAGUUAGCAACCUAAUUGCAUCCAAAACUUUGAAUAAGUUCUAUGCUAAAAUUUUCAACUAUGGUAAAUCACAAAAAUGAAUAAUUUUCUUCCCUGAAAUCAGAGCUUACAUGUGUUUUUCCAUAAAAUUUCCAGGUAAUGUAUUCAAGAUGCAAUACAGUAUUUUAACAUUCACAUAUCAUUUUAUAUUGAAAUGUAUUACAGUAUUAAAAUUCAGUGUUCGGUAUUUAUUUCACUAUGCAUUUUAUUUAGUAAAAGCCUAGAAAGUGUUUAAUCCAAUGGUGCCUUACUUUGUGAUUGGAAAAAAAUCAACUUUUUAUGUCUAAGUAGCGGGUUAUUUGCAUAUUUGUAACAAACAGUUAGGCCUUUAUAUUUUAACUUGUAAUACCAAUUGUGUUAUCUUAGUAACAGAUAUGGGAUGGGAUAAUUGUUAAAGUGCCCCAAAUUUUUGGUAUGAAAUUAAUUUUCCCCUGUUUAUAGUCAGGGACUGUAAAGAAAGAAAAAAACAUUUUUCAUACCACUGCACUAUGUAAACAAACACAUUUUGGUAUCUAAGUCAUGGGGAUAGUUUAAAUGGGACAGAGUCUAUCCAAGACAUCUGUGUCUUUGUAAGUUAGCCAUCAAAUAAAUAAAAGCAGAAUGAUA